UCUGUACCCAAAUACUCUCUCUCAUUCCAAACUGUGGAGGAUCUGCAACCCCACAGACUUAAGCAUACAGGAGCGGUGUUUACAUCUACCGCAGUUACCUUACCGCUAUUCGUUCUAUUGGAUCGCCUGAAUACGAUCUCGCUAACCACGCGGAGUUUAGCAUUCUCUUAACAUCUUUGCAGGUUUAUACAUUGCAUAAUCGCAUUGCCCGGAGACGGGAUAGAUGAACUCCAGGGCGUACAACCCUGAGAUUUUGGGAUGCGAAAGGAUCGAAGACCAACUCGUAGUGAUGGAUGGAGAUAAAAACUUCUAACGCCCUUGCCGCUGACUUCAAUUACACAUUACUGUAUAAAUACCUCGAGGUACAUUGAUUCAACAUCCCAUCCAACAACAAAUAAGUCCUUCUUACUCAGUUCCUCGCACCAAAGUUAGCACCAAGUCAGGACAGCACCUCCUCACAACGAAACCACUCGUCGUUCAAUCCCACAAACUCGCCAAACAGAAAAGAGACGACCUAAAACCAAAAUAUACCACGACCUGCAACUGCAACCACAAAACCAUCCCACGAUAACAAAAAUGCCACCCUCAAAAACCCUCGACAUCAUCACCGCAAUCUUCGGCAUAGCCCUCCUCGGCUCCGGAGCCUACGGCGUCCUCUACCCCGCAGAAAUGGCGCGAAUUUUCGGCGUCAUCGACGUAACCCGCGACAUGACAGUCUUCUACCCCGGGAUAGGCGGGCGAAACUUCAGCGCCGGACUAGCAGUGUGGGCAUUGAAGCUCACCCGGCAACGGAAGGCCCUUGGGAUCUUCCUGACGUGCUGGAUCUGCACGGGGCUAGCGGAUACAUAUUUGCUGUUGAUCCAUUAUGAGGCGGUGGAUACGGUUUGGUUGCAUUGUUUUAAUAUUUGUAUGAUUGGCAUCGUGGCGCCGCAGUUGAUUAUGGGGAGGUGA